UGCAUUGCUCGUACCAUGUCUUCGAUACAAAUUGAUGGAGGCUUAGGUGAAGGCGGUGGUCAAGUAUUAAGAAUAGCACUUUGCCUAAGUGCAUUAUAUAAAAUUCCAGUUAAAAUUAAUAAUAUACGAGCAGGUCGUCCUAAACCUGGAUUGGCUGCACAACAUUUAACAGGAAUAAAACUAUUACAGGAUAUGUGUAAUGCAGAAAUUUAUGGAGCACAUAUAGGAUCAACAAAUUUAGAAUUCAAACCUGGUCAGCUAAAUGCAAACAAAAUACAAACAUUUCAUGCAGAUACAAGAACUGCUGGUUGUAUUUGUUUAUUAGGCCAAGUGGCUUUACCUUGUGCUCUUUUCUUUCCUCAAAGAGAACCUGUUACAUUGAUUCUCAAAGGUGGCACAAAUGUUCCUAUGGGGCCACAUAUAGAAUAUCUGACAGAGGUAUUGAGACCAUUGUUAAAUAAGUUUGGAGCAGAUUUUAAUUUUGAAGUUCGAAAAAGGGGUUACUAUCCUAAGGGUGGUGGAUCGAUACUUUUGUCCAUAAAACCUGUACAUAUUUUGAAAGCUAUUACUUUAACUGAACCAGGGAUUCCACGUGAAAUAUUAGGUUGGGCAUAUGUUGCAGGUGCUGUCCAUAUUAGAGAAGCAUACAAAAUGGCAAAUGAUGCAAAAUCAGUUUUAAUAAAGGGUUUAAAUAAACAUAAUAUACCAUUGCCGUCUAUAAAUAUUGAGGAAUACAAAGAAGAUGAAUCUCAAGCUAUUGGUAAUGGAUUUGGAAUUAAUCUAGUGUGCACUACGACUAGUGGAUGUAUUCUUGGUGGAUCAGGAUUAGGUUCUGAAAGACAGAAAGAAGUACCAGCGGGUAUACAGGCAGCUAACGAAAUUUUGGACACAAUUUUAGCAGGGUCUUGUGUUGAUGCACAUGCUCAAGAUCAGUUAAUUAUUUUGAUGGCUCUAGCCAAAGGUACUUCUAAAAUUAAUCUUGGAAAUAAGAAUCUUACUUCUCAUACUAAAACAGCUAUAGAAAUAACAGAUAUGAUUUUAAAUCAAUUUAAUGUUCAUUUUAAGUUCAGUGAAAACAAAAAUGGUAGCGAUAUUCUGUAUAGUUUGGAAUGUGAAGGCAAUGGGUAUGAAAAUAUGGAUGCGAGGUAA